CCUGUUUCGUAAGUUCCUGACAGUCCUUUCCGUGUCAAUAUACCAAUUGCCCUCCAUAUCCAUGACAAUACCUCCGUCCAAGUUCAUCAAUCAUACUGCUUCCAUUCUAUCUAUUUGCAUGAUUUUGGCAAUAUGAUUCCCUCUUCAUCUCUCAGCGCCAGAGACCGAUUGAGGAGAACAAAAUCCACCCGUUCCAUCCGCAAAACCCACCAACCUUCUUUCACCUCAGAGCCCUUCAAUCCAGACCUGGCCAGAUCCCAGGCCAUGGCAGCCGCUACUCAAGCCAUGCGUCGCUCCAACGAUCGAUCGUCGAUGGACUACAAGCGCUCGUACGAUCGAUUAGGUGGUCCUGAGAACGUGGCUGUUCCUUCACGACGUCGACCAACGGAAAAAACGUCUUCGAUGGAUGAGCCCUCGCCAAACUUGUCGAUGAUGUGCUAUAUGGAAAAUCAGGAUACCUACCCUGCUGCUUUGCCGCCGAUCAACGAGUUUGGGGGACUUGAUGGACGUAUGUCCAGUCAACCGUCGUCGUAUCGGAAGCUGAGGAAGGCCAAGUCGAUGUUUUCUACGAGGCAGCGGGCGUCUCAAGUUCCUUAUGGUGGGAUUUCUUCGGAGCGAUAUAGCAGUCCGGUUGCUAGUCAGGAGAGUUCAACGGACACUGCUCGUCCUUACGGUACCUUGCGGCGCUCAAUGUCUUUUCUGAAAGGUGGGAGCCAGCGGACUCGAUCGAUUCGACAUGCGAAGAGUCAGGAUGUUGCGAUUCAAUUGGCCCGUACGCAGUUCGCUCAGGACCGCAAGCCGUCUUUGACUACGCUGAGGCCUCGGAAAGAGCAGAAGCCGUUUAGAAAGAGUUUCCGUACUCCUAGUGGGUCUAUCACGGAGGCCAAUGGUACGCCAGUCAGUGAACGGUCCAAGAACGGCGGUGCGAUCCACGGCAAGGCACGGUCCCUUUCUUCGUCUAUCAAGAAGGGACUGAAGCGUGUCUUAGGACUGUCGAAGCCUGCUGAGGAGCCAGCCCUGGAACCGGAAUCACCUGUCGUUCAAUCUCAAUGGAACUAUCCGCCUUCUUGACAGUCCUGAAGAAAGAUUU